AUGACUUUCCUAGAAGACACAUUAAUAGUUUUUAUAUCUCAAGCAAUAUUUUUUAUAGGCGGUUGGAUAUUCUUUGUGAAACAAUUAUUCCGGGAUUAUGAAGUGCACCAUAGUCUUGUGCAGUUGAUAUUUUCUGUUACAUUUGCUUUGAGCUGUACAAUGUUUGAACUUAUCAUAUUUGAGAUUAUUGGUUAUUUAGAUUCAAGUUCAAGAUAUUUCCAUUGGAAUUUGGGGCUUUAUUCAUUGCUAUUUAUGGUGAUUGCUCUGAUACCAUUCUACAUUGCCUACUAUUGCAUCAGUAAUAUACAAUUUUUGUCAAGAUCGCACAUACGGCCAUUGACAAUAUUUGUUUGGCUAGUAUAUUUAUAUUUCUUUUGGAAGAUCGGAGAUCCAUUUCCCAUAUUGAGUCCUAAACAGGGCAUAUUUUCUAUAGAGCAAGGAGUAUCUCGUAUAGGCGUAAUAGGAGUGACUGUAAUGGCGUUACUAUCUGGUUUCGGUGCUGUCAACUAUCCAUACACAUCCAUGGCUAUAUUUAUCAGACCAGUUACCCAAUCAGAUGUAUUGUCAAUAGAAAAAAAGCUGCUACAAACAAUGGAUAUGAUUUUAGUUAAAAAGAAAAGGAUAGCAUUAGCUGAGUCUAAUAGUGUGGGAGCGAGACAGAAUUAUAUGAUGGAUCAGUCAAAUGUGAAGAAUAGGGGUUUUUGGACAAAUAUUUUGUCUAGUGUUGGGAGUAUUACCAACCCAUUAAGUCAGGGGACUGAAAAUAUUUCUCAGCUUCGCCAAGAGAUAGCUGCAUUGGAGGAGUUGAGUAGGCAAUUGUUUCUCGAAGCACAUGACGCUAGAACUAUGAGAGAGAAAAUUGAAUGGUCCACCACUUUUCAAGGGAAAUACUUCAAUUUCCUCGGAUACUUCUUCUCUUUGUAUUGUUUAUGGAAGAUUUUCAUUUCGACAAUUAACAUAGUGUUCGACCGAGUUGGUAAAAAGGACCCUGUGACGCGAGGCUUAGAGUUGGUAGUGCAUUGGCUCGGAUGGAACAUAGAUCUUGCGUUUUGGUCCCAACAUGUCUCAUUCAUCUUGGUCGGUUGUAUUGUGCUGACCAGCAUACGUGGAUUACUAUUAACAUUAACUAAGUUCUUCUACAAAAUAUCGUCAUCAAAAUCAUCGAACAUCAUAGUUUUGAUACUUGCUCAAAUUAUGGGUAUGUAUUUUUGCUCGUCCGUCCUUUUAAUGCGGAUGAAUAUGCCACCGGAGUACAGGAUUAUCGUGACGCAAGUGUUAGGUGACUUGCAGUUUAACUUCUACCAUCGCUGGUUCGAUGUUAUAUUUUUAGUAAGCGCUUUAACGAGCAUUUUUACACUUUAUCUUGCGCAUAAGCAGCCAUCUGUUAAUUAG